CCAAAUGAAACUCUUGCUUUCUUCGUCCUCCUCUGUUCCUCAAAAGUCUCUUCCACCCCACCUCACCUCACCUUUCCUUUUUGCUUCAGAUUCAAAUCCCUAGCUCUCCCCUGCAAUCUAAUCUCAAUUCUCAAUUCCUGAUCCCGUACAAAUCCAACGUUGGAUUUUGAGGGCACGGUGAGUCCUCUGUUUUGUUUUUGUUUGUUUUCUUUGCGAUUCGUGGUUUGCAUGAAGAAGAUGGUGAAGUUGUAGAAACAGCUGAUCGCAGGUUCUAGGAUAAUUGGUUUGUUAAGGCCAACGAGGAAGUGAUCUACAUCAUGGAAAGGGAGAACAACAGUGGAAGUAUUUCUAGCGAGGACUCUGGUUUUUUUGAAGAAGAAGCAAAUGUGGACUCCGACGAUGACUCAAACUAUGUUGAAGGAGGUAACACAGACGCUAAUGUGUUCUCUAGGGAGAAUUGGUCAACUGUCUUCUUGAGAGAAGAAGAAGUUAGCCAACUUCAGGAGGAUGAUAUUGCAGGAGUGUCUGCUCUCUUAUCUGUAGCGAGAUCUGCUGCAUGCUUCCUACUAUGUCACUUUAGUUGGAAUGUCAAUAAACUGCAGGAAGAAUGGUUUUCUGAUGAAGACAAAGUCAGAGAAACAGCUGGCUUGUUGAGGAAGCCGGUAUUCCUGCAUCAAGUAGGUAGUGUCAAUUGUGGAAUAUGUUUUGAAGAUUAUGACUGUUCAUAUGAUCAAUCAGCCGAUGGUGCUAUUAUCUCAGCUGCUUGUGGUCAUCCGUUUUGUAAAGAUUGUUGGACAGGUUAUAUUAGCACAUCGAUUAACGAUGGGCCAGGAUGUUUGAUGUUGAGAUGUCCUGAACCAUCUUGUAGCGCAGCAGUUGAUUGGGAUUUGAUCCGAAAUGUGUUGAAAAACCAACAUGAUCAUGAGAUCGAGAGGUAUAAGCGCUACCUUCUGAGAUCUUAUGUCGAAAAGCAUAAGCAGAUGAAAUGGUGCCCUGCUCCGGACUGUCAGUAUGCUAUCAAAGUGUUUGACGAAGAUUUGACUGGAAACGGAAACUGUUAUGAUGUUUCUUGCAUUUGCUCUAAUAGUUUCUGCUGGAAUUGCGUUGAGGAGGUUCAUAGUCCUGUCGGGUGCGACACUGUGGGAAAGUGGAUUUUGAAGAAUAAGGAUGAUUCUCAGAAUGCACAAUGGAUUGUGGUUAAUACUAAGCCAUGUCCCAAGUGCAAAACACCGAUCGAGAAGAACAAUGGGUGUAAUCAUAUGAGGUGCAGUCUGCCUUGUGGGCAUCACUUUUGCUGGUUAUGCCUCGGGCCACUUGGUUGCAAAUGUAAUAGUUUCCAACGAGCUGCAAACCAGAAUGCGAAGAAGAAGGAGGAAAGUCAGAGUGAAAGGGAGAGGAAGAGGCUAAAGAUGAGUUUAGAGAGAUACAAUCAUUAUUAUGUUCGCUGGGCAAACAAUCAAGCUUCAAAGAAAAAAGCUAUUGAGUCAUUGCAUAAGGUGCAAACAGUGCACAUUGUGAAACUUGCUAGCAGAUCAGAACCCUCACUUACUCAGAUUAAUGAUUUCGAGUUCAUUAUACAGGCAUGGAAACAGAUAAUUGAUUGUAGGCAGGUGAUCAAAUGGACCUAUGCAUAUGGUUAUUACAUACCCGAGGAAAAUAAAUAUGACAAGAAGCGGCAGCUGUUUGAGUACUUGCAGCGCCAAGCAGAGCACAGUCUGGAGAGGCUCCACAAAUGUGCCGAGACUGAAUUGAAAGAGACCCCGUUGGAGAAGUUCCCAGAGUUCCGUCUAAGGCUCAUACAACUGACAAAUGUGACCGGAACUUAUUUUAAGAAGCUGGUUACAGCCCUGGAGAAUGGCCUCUCGGAGGUGGAGACUAGUUAGUUUAUGCUGUUUCUACCUUGUCCUUAUCUAUCCUUAGUAUUUUCAGUACCCGGUAGUACUAUCGUCUGAUUGAGAAUUCAGCUGCUGCUAGCAAGUUAUCGACUGUCUAGCAAUAUGCUGAUGCAUCUCCAGUAGGAUGUAUCUCUCAAUUUCCUUGUGGUUCCUUAUCGUAUAAAAUUAAGCCAUGUGAAAACUUGGUUUAAUCCUGUUUAUUCCAACUAUGCUGCAAUAAAUCAAUCAGAAUGUGCUUGCUAU